UGACCGCCAGCCAUGUUCAUCAAGCAGAUCAUCAUACAAGGCUUCAAGUCCUACAAGGACCAGACCGUAAUCGAACCCUUUUCUCCCAAGCAUAAUGUCAUCGUCGGGCGCAAUGGGUCUGGGAAGAGUAACUUCUUCGCCGCCAUCCGCUUCGUGCUCAGCGACAAGUACACCCAGCUCAGCCGCGAAGACCGACAGGGACUUCUUCACGAGGGCACGGGCUCUGCGGUGAUGAGCGCCUAUGUUGAGCUCAUAUUCGACAAUAGCGAUGAUCGGUUCCCGACCGGUACGCCUGAAGUUGUGCUUCGCCGAACGAUUGGGCAGAAAAAGGACGAGUACAGCCUGAAUCGCAAGAACACGACCAAGCAGGAAGUGCUCAGUCUGCUCGAGAGUGCUGGCUUCAGUCGCAGUAACCCUUACUACAUCGUGCCCCAAGGCAGAGUCACUGCCAUUACGAACAUGAAAGACCAGGAGCGGUUGAAUAUGUUGAAAGAAGUUGCUGGAACUGGCGUCUACGAAGCCCGGCGGGCAGAAUCGUUUAGGAUUAUGGAAGAGACAAAGGCGAAGCGUACGAAGAUUGAUGACUUGCUGGAGCAUAUCCGGGGCAGACUGGGAGAGCUUGAAGAGGAAAAGGAAGAGUUGCGUCAAUUUCAAGAGAAGGACAAGGAACGAAGAUCUCUCGAGUAUACGAUCCACCACAAAGAGCAGCAACGGCUCGAGGAGCAAAUCAGCAGGCUCGAUGAAGAUCACGGAGAGGGCAUGGACCACAACGAGCAGAAUCGCGAGGCACUAAAAGCGAACGAGCAACAGCUAGACGCCAUUGAUGGUCAGAUCGCAAGCUUACAACAGCAAAUUAGCCUGCUGUUGCAAGAACAAACGCAGUAUAAGGAAGAGCGGACAGAAAGUGCGCGAAGCAAGGCUCAGAUUGAGGCGGAUGUGCAAGCGAUGCAGGACAAUCAAGCAUCAGCUCAGCAGGCGCAGAAUGCUCUUAACAACGAGCUACUCAACGUGCAGAAGCAGAUCAAGCAGCACGAGACGAGACUAGCUCAGUUGCUUCCGAACUACCAAGCCAAGAAAGACGCGAACAAGGCUGCCCAAGAUCAGAUCCAUGAGGCGACUGCCACAAUUCAGCGCUUGUAUGCCAAGCAAGGUCGUCAAGCUCAGUUUCGCACCAAGAAGGAACGAGAUGGGUGGCUGAAGCAAGAGAUUGCGACGACUAAUGAAAGUCUUGCCGCCCGGAAGGCCAUAAGUAUGCAGGCACAAGAUGAAAUUGCCGAAUUUGAGACGCAAAUAGCUCAGCUCGAGGCUGACAUCGCUGAAUUACGCCACCGUGUUGAAAACCGUGGUGAUGCUCAGCAGAACAUUUCUGCCGAAGUUCAACAGGCAAAGGACGAAGCAGAACGCCUGCAUGACCAGCGCAGGGAGCUUUGGCGCGAAGAAGCAAAGCUGGGGACCGUGAUCUCCAACGCUCGCGCCGAGUAUGACAAGGCAGAGUCAAUACUAGCCGGAACUAUGGACCCGAACACAGCCCGCGGCCUUGUCUCAGUAAGGCGGAUUGUUCAACAGCACGGCAUUGAGGGUGCCUACGGCCCACUUGGAGAAUUGUUCGAAACAUCACCAAAGUUUAAGACAGCAGUAGAAGUCACUGCCGGAGCUUCAUUAUUCCACUAUGUCGUCGACACUGAUGAAACUGCUGAAAAGCUCAUCAAGAUCCUCCAGCAGGAACGAGGAGGACGAGUGACCUUCACCCCCCUGAACAGAAUCAAAGUGAGGGAGACGGAACUCCCGAACUCUAGCGAUGCCGUUCCUAUCAUUGGGAAGAUCAAGUACGACAUGAAGUUCGAUAAAGCCAUGCAGCAAGUGUUCGGCAAGACGGUGGUUUGUGUGACUCUGCAGAUAGCAGCACAAUACGCGCGCAGCCAUGGUGUCAGCGCCAUCACUGCUCAGGGUGACCGGUCUGACCAGAAGGGUGCCUUGACAGGUGGAUAUUUCAACCCCAGAAACUCACGCAUUGACGCCCUUCGAAGACUCAUGGCUGCCAGGGACGAGUGGGAACGCGUCCGUGGCCGUGGCGACGAAAUUCAUGACGAACUCCAGAAGCUUGACCAGCAGGUGACCAAGGCAAAGAGUAAUCUGCAGAAGAUUGAGCAGAAGCGUGAUCAGCUCGAAGGCGGCUAUGGUCCACUACGAGAAGAGCUUAGGCGCAAAGAACAAGAUCUGGGCAAGCGCCGCGACGACAUCGAUCGGCAGCAACGUGCGAGGGAGAACAUUGAUACCUUGAUAAAAGACUUGAGCAACCAGAUGAGCGGAUACCAAUCGGAGCUGCAGGCGGACUUUAAGAAAGCGCUAAGCAAUCAAGAGGAGCGCGAGCUGGAAACGCUAAGCGCUCAACUCCCGGAUUUGAGAAAGCAGUAUUCAGAGCUUGGCAGGGAGCUGUCCGAGCUAGAGAAUCAAAAGAGGAACCUCGAAGAUAUCUUAAAUGUCAAUCUUCGGCCACGUUUGGACGAAUUACAAGGCGCAGACCUGGACGCUAACGUCAACAGUAGCGGUAACAGCAAUUCCAGACUGAAAGAUCGAAGCAACGACCUCAAACGCAUCACCAAAGCGUUGAACACCAUCGACAAGAAGCUGCUGGAGCUUGAGACAUCCAUCGAGUCUGCACAGGAACAGCUUCAUAAUCUUGAAGCCAACCGCGUUGAACAGCGGGCAGAAGUUGAGAAGUUCGAGCAAGCUAUUCGUCGUUAUCAGAACAGGAUCGAAAAGGGUGCGGAGAGACGUGGUGCCUUUCAGGCGCUCCUCAACCAAGAAUUGGCCACGAUCCGCAGUCUUGGUGUCCUACCUGAACAGACUUUCAGGCCGGAGUAUACCGAGCUUAGUUCUGAUCGCGCAACGAAGCGUCUGCACAAGGCACAAGAGGCUCUCAAGAAGUACGGCCACGUCAACAAGAAAGCAUAUGAACAGUUCCAGCAGUUUGAACAGAAGCGCGAUGAACUAGAGAAACGUCGCCAAGACCUCGACCUCAGCGACAAGUCGAUCAAAGAGCUCAUUGACGUGCUCGAUCAACGCAAGGACGAAGCCAUUGAACGCACAUUCAAGCAAGUUAGCAGAGAGUUUCAUAUCAUUUUCGAGAAGCUUGUACCAGCAGGCACAGGGUUCCUCAAGAUUGGCCGCAACAGUGAUCGUCAGGUCAACGGAGGCGCAGAGGAAGAGAGCGAGGACGAAGGCGCACGCUCCAGGAAGGUGGAAAAUUAUACCGGUAUCGGCAUCCACGUCUCGUUUAACAGCAAGCAUGAUGAGCAGCAACGCAUUCAGCAACUUUCUGGUGGGCAGAAGUCGCUCUGUGCUCUUGCACUUGUGUUUGCUAUUCAAGCGUCUGAUCCUGCUCCGUUCUACCUUUUCGACGAGAUCGAUGCGAAUUUGGAUGCACAGUACCGAACUGCCGUGGCACAGCUUUUGCAGGAGUCGAGUCAAAGCGGGCAGUUCAUUUGCACCACUUUCAGACCAGAGAUGCUACACGUUGCGGAGAAGUGUUAUGGCGUGAGUUAUCUGAACAAGGCGAGUAGUAUCGAUGUUGUCAGUAAGGAGCAGGCUCUGGAUUUUGUCGAGGGCCAAAUCAGUGGCAAGUAGAGCGUCAAUGUGUCAGUCAUGGUGUUCCAAUGAUAUGACGGAAUGAGGCGAGGAUAUGAGACCGGCGUCAAUGCGCAAUAAUUGCUUUGAAUGUCGAAUGAUACCAAUUUGUAAUCCGUGGUGCCACAAUCGAA